GAAACAACUAAUUGCUACAAACUAAUUAUAUGGAGCCUUCUUCUACCACAUUUACUAAAAGGUCGCAACUCCAAUUCAAGCCAUGCCCAUCUACAUCUCUACUUCCUUAUCCAGGCCUCCAAAUGGAGAACACCAAAACUCUUGAUCCAGUCAUUAUUACCAAAAAGACCACUUUGACUAAAUCUUAUUCCAAAAGAUUCAGACUCAGUACUUUCUUUGAAGAAGAGAGCAACCAGCAUGUCGGCACUCAAGUCAAAGUUUACGGUUGGGCCAAGGCAAUCAGGGCUGCAGCCAAAGGAGCGAUUUGAUUCAUACAGCUUAACGAUGGGCCGUGUGUCCACUGCGUACAAGUUGUAGUUGAUCAGAGUAUUGAGGGGUAUGAGCAGGUUUUAGUUGAAGGAGUUGGAGCAAGUUUUCAGCUUGUAGGCACUCUUGUUGAGUCGGUCAAUCAGAAAAAGCAAAGAUAUGAACUCCAAGUUUGUGACAAUGAGAUUCAUUCAGUUAAAGUUUUGGGAACUUGUCCUCAAGCAGAAUAUCCUUUAUCAAAGAAGAAGCAUACCAAGGAGUUUUUAAGAGAAAUUAUGCACCUUCGUCCAAGAACGAAUCUAAUAGGAGUUUUGGCAAGAAUUCGAAAUAGCUUAGCCUUUGCAACACAUGAAUUUUUCAGAAAAGAGGAUUCUUAUAUGUUCAUACACCUCGAUGGGACAGGCGAAAUGUUCCAAGUGACAACAAAUUUGCCUAAUCCAGAAGCUUCUGUGUCAGAUCUUAAAUUGACUCAAGAAGGAAAAUUGGAUUAUUCAAAGGAUUUCUUCAAGAAGCCAACAUUCUUAACAGUCAGUGCACAACUAAACGCUGAGAGUUAUGCUUGUGGCCUAAGCGAUGUGUACACCUUCGCUCCAACAUUCAGAGCUGAGAUUUCUCAUACAAAGAAACAUCUUGCUGAGCUCUGGUCAAUAGAGCCAGAGAUGGCAUUUGCAGAUAUCACAGAUAACAUGGACUGUAUUGAAGAGUUUAUCAAAUAUUGCAUCAAUUAUAUGUUGGCAAAUAACAAAGAUGACGUCGAGUGGCUCGAAAAGAACGAAAAAGAAAGCAAGAAACUAAUCUCAAAUCUACUACAUAUUGUCAAUAAUGAGUUUGAAAGAGUCUCUUACACUGAAGCUAUUCAAGCCCUUCAGAAGAAAGCGAAGAAGGCAAAGUUUGACGAACAGCCAGAAUGGGGCAUUGAUCUUAAAACUGAGCAUGAGAGGUUUCUUACAGAAAAGAUAUACAAGAAGCCGAUAUUAAUUUACAAUUAUCCUAAAGCCCUUCAAGCAUUUUAUGUGAGAGAUAAUGAAGAUGGGCUUACAGUUGCUUCCAUGCAUUGCCUUGUCCCUGUUGUAGGUGAGCUCGUCACUGGGUCUCAGAGAGAAGAAAGAUUUGAUCUUCUUGACCAAAAGAUUAGAGAUGCUGGUCUUUCUUCAGAGAGAUAUUCAUGGUAUCUUGAUCUAAGAAAGUAUGGAUCAGUUCCUCACUCAGGCUUUGGAAUCAAAUUUGAAAGACUGCUAAUGUUAUGUACCCAAAUUGAGAACAUUAAGGAUGUGAUCCCAUUCCCAAGAUGGCCUGGGCAUGCUGAUUUUUAGAUGCACU